ACCACAUUUAGCAACAUGAAGGCUGUGGUAGUGUUGGUCUGUGUCCUCAGCUUGGCGGUUGGUGAGGAGGUGGCUCCCAGAUACCACCAGCGCGUGGGGGUGCCGGCUGCGGCUGCCAUACAGCGCUCCGAAUCCAUGAGAGUUGUUGGAGGGUUAGCGUCGUAUUUAGGGGAGCAUCCGUUUUUGGCAGGACUCGUGGUGACGCUGACUAACGACCAGACAUCAGUGUGUGGAGGCAGUUUGCUGAGUCACUAUCACGUGGUGACUGCGGCUCAGUGCUGGUGGGACGGUCAGUCGAAAGCCAGCAGUAUUCUGGUAGUCCUCGGCUCUAUCAAGCUGUUUUCAGGCGGCACUCGCCAGUAUGCGUCCGUCACGCUGCACCCGGAAUACAACCCUAACAACCUGCGCAAUGACAUCGCCAUGUUGAAGAUAUCCUACGUCUCUUUCAGCUACUACAUCAAACCGAUCCCGCUGCCGUAUAGAAUGAACGACACCUUCGUGGAGAGGAAAGCCGAAGCUAUCGGCUUCGGGAAGACGAGCGAUAAGUCUCCAAUAGUGAACGACCAGGGUCUCCGCGACGUGUACGUGAAGGUGAUCAGCAACGAGGAGUGUUCCUCAUCGUUCGGCUCUCUAGUGACGAGUGACGUCAUGUGUACCAGCGGCGCGGGGGGGAGGGGGCCGUGCACCGGCGACUCGGGCGCACCGCUCAUUAUCAGAUACUUUUCGGGAAGCUCUGAUUUGCUGAUCGGGCUGGUAUCUUUCGGAGCUACUAAUGGCUGCGAGGCAGGCUAUCCUUCAGGAUACACACGAGUCACAUCUUACAUCGACUGGAUUCACAGCUUCUUGUAAACAUGUAAAACUAAUAAAUGAAAACAAAAAUAAAAGGUUUUAAAGCCUUUCAUACAUGAAUUACAA